AUGAGUCCCACGCAAGACGGUACGAGCGGCGAGCCCGACUCUUCUUUUGGCUACGGCCUGGUCUACAACCCAAUGGACCCCUACAACAUGUAUCCCCACUACGAGACGGGCGAGGAGAAGUACGGUCCCCCACCUCCAUUCGGCAUCAACCCCCAAGACCCUUUCAACAUGAAGCCGUUCAACCCCAACGCGUUCGGUGGUUUGUUCGGAGCACCGGCGACGGUAGCGCCUACACCCGCGACGGGUGUGAUGAACACCGUUGGUCCCAACCCGUUCACGCCUCUCCUACAACCGAUGACGCCUGCCACACCAAUGGCAUCCCCCAGCAACAUGGCUCCGCCGAUGGUAGCUCCUAUGGGUGGCAUGAAUCCUCUGCUCAUGGCGGCGACCGUGUCUGCCCUCGGCAAAGAUUCGUCUUUCACCCCAGGCGCUGCACCGUCGUCCUCCUUCAACACAGGCGCCGCUGAUCCGUCGUCCUCGUUCGACGCAAGCGCUUCGGGCGAUGCACCGUCGUCUUCCUAUCAUUACAUGAACGCACUAUACCCGUACUACUCAUACCCGUUCGCCACGCACGCCGUGUCGCCGCAGAACCCGCACCCCACGGAUCCCAACAACCAGUACCCCCAUCCACUCACGGGGUCGAUGACGGAGCCAGGUCCCGCGCUGGCGGGUGGAUACAACGUCUACGAUCCCCAUAACGUGAUUGGAGCGCCACCGGCAUUCAGUGAACGGGAUAGGGCGUUGGAGCACAACAAAGCUGUGAUGCAGUCGCAGAGCCCGUAUGCGCCAUACAUUAUGAACCAAGUCCCUGUACCACCACAAUAA